CAUCAGCUCCCAAGAGCCACCAGCAGAAGGGAUAGAUCGGAGGCAACGAAGAUGGAGAGCUGUUUCUGGAGAGUCCUGCUAGUGGUUGGGGCAGCUGCCGCCGCAACCACUGUCUUGCCUCCUGCCAAAGAACCGCUGAGCUACGAGGACGCCGCGGCGCUCGCUGUCGACCUGUACAACCAAAAAGCAGGCGAAGACUUCACCUAUCGGCUUCUGAACGCUGCCCCUCAGCCCAACUGGGAUGCGAGUUCCGAAAGCGCCCAAGAGCUGAAUUUCACAAUCCAAGAAACCGAGUGCCUGGCAGAGGAGGAACGCCCCGUGGAGGAAUGCAGCUUCAGAGACGGAGGGGUGGUCAAGGAAUGCUCCAGCUUUUACUUCCUGGUUGAGAACCCACCUGUGGCCGUUGUCACCUGUGAAGCCGUAGAGGACGAGCCUGAGCCCAAACGGGUGAAGCGGUCGUGGCUGAAGAAGAAGUUUAAGAAGAUCAAGAAGGGUGUCAAGAAGGGUUUCCGCAAAAUCUUCAAGGGCCAGGGAGUAAUGGUGGGAGGGACAAUCCGAUAUCUGGCGGGCGGGGGCACUGUCCCAGCUACAUCCCCGGCGCCCCUCCCUGCCUUCAAGACGGCUUUGUCGGAGGCGCAGCAAUCUGCGCUCCGAGGAGCACACGGGGUCAGGCAGAUGGGCUGGCUGAGCGGCGGUUCCCAGCUUCUGGCGGGAACUCACAACAGCCCUUUGAGGUCUCACGACAAUGCCACGCAAGAUCUCACGAGAGCCCCACGAAUCAUGCGGAGGUUUCGUUCGGCCUUCUCGAGAUCCCAGCAAGCGAAGCAGCACUCUCGCGAGAUCUCGCCAGAACAUGGAAGCCGCAGUCGUGUGACCCUGGCAAGUGAGGCCUUGGUGCGGUUGUUGGACCCACAUCAACGGGCACUUCCUGGGGGAGGGCGAGAGAAGCCACACAUGCACCCUCAGCCGAAGGACGUUAGCCCACAGGGGAGGGGGGCUAGAGGGCCAAGGGGUGCCCUGGGCUAUAAAGAAGGGAGCUCUGCUGCAGAAUCGCAGGGAGGUACCAACGUGAGAAUACCUUGGAGAGAGCGAGCACAGAUGGAGAAGAAGAUGGAGAGCUGCAAGCUGUUUCUGCUGCUCAUCGGGGUGGUCGCGGCAGCCCCCACGGCCCGCACUCCCGUCAGCUACGAGCAGGUGGUUGCCGCAGCCGUGGACACCUAUAACCAGGAGCAAAACCCGGAAUUUGCCUUCCGACUGCUGGAAGCCGAGCCGCAGCCUGAUUGGGAUGCUUCCAGUGAAACAACCCAGCCUAUAAAAUUCUCUAUCAAGGAGACGGUUUGCCCCACAGCAGAGAAGAAAGAUGUCUCCCAGUGCGAAUACAAAGAGGAUGGGCUGGACAGAGACUGCUCUGGCUUCUAUUCGACCCAGCAAAGUCCACCCUUAAUUAUCGUUCAAUGUGAGGACGUGGAUCAAGAGAUGAGCCGUAUAACAAGAGGACGCUGGAGAAGGUUCUGGAGAGGAACCAAAAGAUUUGUGAAGAGACAUGGUGUGAGCAUUGCCUUAGCGGGGCUUCGGUUUGGAUAGAGAUCUCCGGAAGAAAAGGAAGUUUAAAUG